AUGUCGUUGGUGUCUUCCGUAAAACGUUUCUACAAGACGAACUAUCCUCCCACCGUGGAGAAGUCGUCCAAUCCUUUGCGGUUCGGGGUGCUGGGUGCAGCCAACAUUGCACCUAAUGCCAUAGUCAAACCGAUGAGGUGUCAUGAGGACGCUGUCCUGGUCGCCGUCGCUGCACGCGACAAGGGCCGCGCGGACGCGUUCGCGCAGAAGUGGGGGAUCCCGAGGACGUAUGGUGGUUCGAGUGCAUACCAAGAGUUAUUGAACGACGCAGGGAUCGACGCUGUGUAUAUUCCCUUGCCGAAUGGUCUUCACUACGAGUGGACGAUGAAGGCUCUCGCAGCGGGAAAGCACGUCCUCUGUGAGAAACCGAUCUCCAACAACGAGGAGGAGGUCCGCAAGAUGUUUGCAUACGCCGCGGAGAAGAGCCUGGUGCUGCUCGAAUCAUGGCAGCCUCACUUCCACCCUGCGCUACACAGAGUAAAGGCUAUCCUGGACGAGGGCUCGCUCGGCAAGAUCGUUAAGAUGUCUGCCGAGUUCGGAAUAUCGCGCAUGUUUCUCCCCGAAGACGACAUCCGCUACGAUUUCAGUCUUGGAGGUGGCAUGCUCAUGGACAUGGGCCCGUACCCUAUCAACUGUCUGCGUUUCCUGGCGUCCUCCAACCCGACCGUCGAGUCCGCGGAGUCUAUCAACCUGUCCGAUACCAUCGACAGGAGGGUUGAAGCACACCUGACCUUCCCGGGCGCCGUCACUGCGACUGUCAUCACGGAUGGCGCUCUGGACAGUUGGGGCCCACUGAAGCUCUUUCCGCACUUCAUCGCAUUCCAUGCUAAGGUGGAGUGCGAACACGGCUCUGUGGAGGUGUCGAACUACAUCAUAGCUAGCAUGUGGCACUCCAUCAAGGUCUCCCCGAAGGGCGGGAAGGUGCGGGUCGAGAAGGCAUACGAGCCGCCGGCAGGUACGGGCAAGGGAGAGGAUUGGUGGUCUGCGUAUCGCUACACACUCGAAGCGUUCGUGGACAAGGUCCGGGGCCGUGAGCCGCACGUGUGGAGGACGGCGGAGGAUUCGAUCGAUGAGAUGCAUGUCAUUGACGCUAUCUACACGAAGUGCGGCCUGCCGCUGCGUCAGACUUCUAAUUAUCAGCCUUCCUAA